AACCUCAAAAUACGACCGUUGGGAGUCUUCCUUUUCAGCUACACUCCUGUGAGACUCCUCCCCCGUCUUCUUCCUCUUCACCUACCUCCCUGUCCGCUCAAAGAAUUCCAAGAAAUGGAGUCGUCUCCGUCCGGGAAAUCGUCCGGACUCAAUCUUCCCGCCGGCAUGUCGGGGAGCUCGCUGCGCCUCGACACCUUUUCGGGUUGUUUGCGGGCCAAUCCCAAUUUGUCAUCGCCAUCCAAAUCCUCCUCCUCGUGCAGCGAUAGAUUCAUACCUUGCAGAUCUUCUUCGAGGCUCCACACCUUCGGGCUGGUGGAGAAGCCUUCCCCAGUGAAAGAUGGGGCAAACGAGGCUUAUACCAGGUUGUUGAAAUCUGAGCUCUUUGGGUCUGACUUCGGUUCUCCUUCCCCUGCAGGUCAAGCUUCCCCCAUGAGUCCCAGCAAGAAUAUGCUCCGCUUCAAGACUGACCAUUCCGGUCCCAGCUCCCCCUUCUCGCCCUCUGUUUUAGGCCACGAUUCUGUAUUCUCUUCCGAGUCUUCAACCCCGCCCAAGCCUCCUCGCAAGGUCCCCAAAACACCCCACAAGGUUUUGGAUGCACCGUCACUUCAAGAUGACUUUUACCUGAAUUUAGUCGAUUGGUCCUCACAAAAUGUUCUUGCCGUGGGACUGGGCACUUGUGUGUACCUCUGGAGUGCUUCCAACAGCAAAGUGACAAAGUUAUGUGACUUGGGACCUCAUGAUGGGGUGUGUUCUGUCCAGUGGACCCGGGAAGGCUCCUACAUUUCCAUUGGCACAAACCUGGGUCAAGUUCAGAUAUGGGAUGGAACUCAGUGCAAGAGGGUUAGAGCAAUGGGAGGGCAUCAGACAAGAACGGGGGUGCUGUCAUGGAAUUCACGCAUGUUAGCUUCAGGAAGCAGGGACAGGAACAUACUGCAGCAUGAUAUGAGAGUCUCAAAUGACUUCGUGAGCAGGCUGGUGGGGCACAAGUCGGAGGUGUGUGGAUUAAAGUGGUCGCACGACGACAGGGAGCUGGCGUCGGGCGGAAAUGAUAAUCAGCUGCUGGUAUGGAAUCAACACUCGCAGCAGCCGGCACUGAGACUCACAGAGCACACAGCUGCGGUGAAGGCCAUUGCGUGGUCGCCUCACCAGGGGGGCCUCCUGGCGUCUGGUGGUGGAACUGCAGAUCGCUGCAUUCGCUUCUGGAACACUACAAACGGCCACCAGUUGAACUGCGUUGACACCGGCAGCCAGGUAUGCAAUCUUGCUUGGAGUAAGAAUGUGAACGAGCUAGUGAGUACUCAUGGCUACUCCCAGAAUCAGAUUAUGGUGUGGAAAUAUCCAUCAAUGGCCAAGGUUGCCACACUGACGGGCCACACCAUGCGAGUGCUGUACCUAGCCAUGUCCCCCGAUGGUCAGACCAUAGUGACUGGUGCAGGGGAUGAAACUCUUCGGUUUUGGAAUGUUUUCCCCUCCAUGAAAUCGCCUGCACCGGUCAAGGAUUCAGGCAUGUGGUCACUCGGACGUACCCAUAUUCGAUGAUACAUACGAGGAAAAGAUGGCAUUUUAAAUUAUUGGUAAUUAACUACUACUUGUAAAUGGAUGCUGUUUUCGUUUUUUGGGGUCAAACACCGAACACGGAUGAUGUAUAGCGUAAAUCCCAUAUUAUUAGGUAGCCAUUCAUUAAAUCAACUUAUGAAUUUCCGACAUUGAAGGAAAAGGUUGUUCAAGACUAGUCAGCUGAAUUUUAUGCUACAUGUACUUAUCAGGAUUUUGUAAAUUUUAUGCUAUAAGAAUGCAAGAAAAAGACUAUAACGUCUUGAAUAUAGUA